AUGGCCGAAGCUCGCCUCCUGGAGGAGCUCGAAAAGUUCGCUGCGCGCCCGGAUAUCCUGAUCAUGGACGACUUUAACGCGCCCCAUAUUGACUGGAGCUCAAUUCAUGCAAAUAGCUCAGAACAGACCUUCGAUAGGAGUUUUCUGAACACGGCACUGAAGCCAUUUCUCACUCAACACGUCAUGAUACCAACUAGAGUACGCGAAGGCCAACAAGCCAACUGCCUUGAUCUUGUCCUUACGAAGUCACAGGGCAGCAUUGAUGAGGUGCCAUGCCUACCCCCUUAGGUAAAAGUGACCACGUCGUUCUUCUAUGGGAUUACUCGCUAUUUUCCGUGUCCAAGGAACCCGUGACAGUUAGAAGAAACCUUUGGGGCGGGGAUUUCGACCAGAUGAGGGCUGAAACUUCACGCAUUGAGUGGGAGUCCUAAUUUGUUGGAAGCAUACUCGUAGACUGGCAACGGUUCCGAGAAAUUCUGCACGAGCUGAUCGCAAACAACUGUCCGCUUUCACGGAAGGGGUUAACUAACAGACCUCGAUGGCUUACGCAAGCCUUGAAGAAUAAAGUGAAUAAAAAACGAACGCUGUGGAAAAAAAUCGCUUUCUGACAGGAGCCCCACAUCUAUAUGCGCGUACAAAAUUCAAAGAAAUCGAGUCAAGGGCUCUAUCCUCGAAACUAGAAGGGAAUUCGAACGGGAUCUGCUUAACCGUGCCGCAGAGAAUCCUAAAUUAUUCUACGGUUACAUAAGGCAGUGUACGCGGAACAAGGACCCAAUACCACUGCUAAAGACUGCUAAAGGCGAACAUCUCAUUGAAGACAGAGCGAAAACUGAUCACCUUUCAGCAUUUUUUUGGUCUCUUUUAGUAGCGAAACAGAAUUAAACCCUUUGGCCCUUCAGCCUUUCGAAGACACCACAAUUAUGGAGACCGUUCAGUUCACUGAGGGUAUGGUCCUGGCGGAGUUGUUGAGGCUAACGGAAUCCAAAUCACCAGGUCCCGAUGAGAUUCCGGCGAAGAUUUUAAAGGAACUCGCCGGCGAGUUGGUUUAACCACUCUCCAUGCUUUUCCAUAUGUCCUUCGAGACCGGAUAUCUGCCACCCGACUGGAAGACGGCGUGGAUUACGCCGCUGUAUAAGGACGGAAGUCGGGUCUCUGCGAACAAUUACAGACCUGUCAGCCUCACCUCCAUCUGCUGUAAGAUUAUGGAGAAGAUAAUGAAGCAACAGUUAAUGCAGUUCCCUGAAAAAAACCAUCUGCUUUCCGAUUCCCAGCAUGGAUUCUGCAAAAGCAGAUCCUGUGUGGCAAACUUGCUCUACUGUGUGGAACACUGGACUAGGGCUGUUGAUAGAGGAGAUAGGGUGCAUGCCAUCUAUAUCGACUUUAAAAAGGCCUUCGACAGUGUGCCUCAUCACCGCCUUCUAUACAAACAGCCGUGCAGGAGUGCGAGGUAAGCUUCUGAUGUAGAUUCGAAGCUUUUAACUCGGCCGCUCUCAAGCCGUCCACGUCGGCGACCAGCACUCUGCCGAGGUUGCCGUUAGGAGUGGUGUUCCCCAAGGCUCUGUUCUUGGCCCUACACUGUUCCUCGUAUACGUCAAUGACUGCGCAAACGAACUGGAUUGCGAUGUCGCAAUGUUUGCCGAUGACAUAAAGAUCUGGAGUACCAUACGAAGCGAAGUUGACGAGGCGUGACUGCAGACAAAUCUGGACCACCCCGAGAAAUGGUCGGAAGACUGGCUUCUACCGUUCAACGUAAACAAGUGUAACUUCCUACGCGUCGGUGGAACCAGUUCUCCUAACCGCACGGUCUACCGUCUGACUGGCAAACCACUGCAAAAAGUCGACGCCCAGAAGGACUUAGGCGUAUGGAUCACAACCUCGCUUAAGCCUUCGCUGCAAUGCUCAAAGUUAGCCAAGUCGGCGAUGUCCAUUCUAUACCUCGUCAAACGGACGUUCUACUCCUUUGAUGCAGACCGCUUCGCCAAGGUCUUUCAAACUUUUGUGCGAUCGCAUCUGGAGUUUGCUAUCCAAGCAUGGAGACCCUGGAACGCUAAAGACUUGGGCAUACUCGAAAAAGUUCAACGGCGAGCAACGAAACUUGUAUCUGGGCAGUUGUCACAACCCUACGAAACACGAUUAGCUAAUCUUGACCUCUUUCCUUUGAGUUACAGACAGCUACGUGGGGACCUGAUACAAGCUUUCCGCAUCGUGCGCAAUCAGGGCUGCUGCCUCGCAUCUGGAGACUUCUUUGAGUUGGCGACUACGAUUAACCUGAGAGGCCAUCCACUCAAACUGCGUGUGACUUGUGCCCGGCUAGACACACGAAAGUUCUUCUUCUUCAACAGAGUGGUUGCAGCAUGGAAUGCCAUGCCUGAGGAUGUUAGGACAGUAUAGGUCAGUAUAUUUUAAGAGUAAUAGGCAAGGCCUUUAAAAAUCCUAAUGUAAACGGUGCAUGCGAUAUCUAACUUUAAAUAUACACGGUACUAAAAUGAUGUCAGUAAUAUAUACACUUAACCGAAUAUUUUCGUUGAAAAUGCAGGACCAAAAUUUGAGAAAAUUCAGUUGUAUAUGAUUUCGGUAAAAUGGAAUGACAGUCAUCCACAUUAGCGGUAUGUGUAUGCAAGGCGUUGGUUUGACACCACAGAGCUGUUCUGUCCAGACAAGCGUUUGUGUCCAAGCAAAUAUGCAUCAAGUCUUUGCUUGAACGUCUUCGUGGUAUCCGCCAUUAUUACGUCCUCGGGAAGCCCGUUCCAGGCACCGACGACUCGCUGUGAAAAACAGUAUCUGCGAACGUCCAGGCGACAUCGGGAUCCUCUCAGUUUUAGAGAGUUCCCACGCAGGUUUGUUGUUGUGGUCAGGGUGAAGAAAUCGUCUUGGUUUAGGGUACAUUCCCGGUUCCUCAAUAUCCGAUACGCCUGUAUGAGAUCUCCUUGAAUCUGCCUGUACUCAAGAGGAAAGAGUUAAGGUUAACUAAGUCGGCAGUUGUAAGGUAAAGUCCUGAGGCCUUGUACAAUUUUUGUUGCUCUCCUCUGGAUUCUUUCUAGCAACUUAUAGUCGUUUUUUGCCACGAGCGCCAAGCUUGGAUUCCAUAUUCCAGAUGCGAACGAAAGAACGCUCCGUAUACUUUUCCAAAAAACUCUUUGUCUAUGUCUGCGAAAGUUCGUUUAAUGGCAAAGAAAACACUAGUUGCCCUUUUGGACUCCCUAACGCACUGAGAGGAAGGCUUAAGAGUCCAAAAAUGUUGAUCCCAAGAUCUUUUUGUUCGGUUACAUUUAAAACGCACCUUCCACAAAGUUGGUAAUGGUGGUCCUCUCCGUCAACUCUUGCAGUCGUUUUGAGUCGCAGCGCGACACACUUCUCAAGGCUAAACUUCAGCAGCCAUUUGUCAGACCAUUCGCAUAGGCGGUUCAGUCCUUCUUGCAGGGCCCGUUCAUCAUUUUCUCCGUUGAUCGCUCACCAUAACUUGAUGUCAUCGGCAAACAUGACGCCGUUGCAGUCCAGUCCAUUCAUACAGUCGUUGACAUAAAUUAAAAAUAGUACUGGUCCGAGUACAGAGCCCUGGGGAACUCCACUCACAACUGGUACUGGCGUUGACUUCGCACUACCAAUACACACAGACUGUAAUCGACCAGUCAGAAAGCCCUUUACGCAGUUUAAUAGGUUUCCCCUUAUCCCUGACUCUCGGACCUUGUAAAGUAAUCGGUGGUGUGGAACACCAUCAAAGGCUUUCUUGUAAUCGAUAUAAACGAUAUCAACCAUUGUUCCUUCGUCUAACGAGCGAUACCACUGUUCCGUUGAAUGAAGCAUAUUAGUUAGGCAGGAGUGAUUUCGUCGAAAGCCAUGUCGGGAACUAGCAAUGAAAUUAUUUUCUUCAAGGAACCUCAUGAUGGAUUUUUUGGCUAUUCUCUCCAUGACUUUGCAACAAAUCCACGUAAGGCUCACCGGCCGAUCAUUGUUUGUACUUGUUCUAGAUCCACCCUUGUGAAUGGGGUAUAUGUUCGCUAUUUUCCAAUCAGAGGGGAGAAUGCCUCGGUCAAAGGACGACCUAAAGAUGUGCCAAAGCGGUUUGGCGAGUUCGCAAGUCAACUCCUUCAGAACUUUUGCCGGAAUUUGGUCUGGACGCGGAGACUUGCCCUCCUUAAGCACUAGAAGUUCCUUCCUCACAUCUUCUUCCGUGAAGUCGAUGCUUUCUAUUAUUUCGUCGGUUGUCCCAGCUGGCAAUCCAGCCUCGUCAGAGUCCGUUUCAUCUGUGAAAACCGAUACGAAAAACCGGCUUAGAUGUUCUGCCUUAGCGUCAUUUUCGAUGAUAUCCUCAUUGUUUUCUCCUUUCAACACUGCGGCCGUCUCCUUUUUCUUUAACCUACUGUUGAUGUAACUGAAGAGCACUUUUGGCUUAUCGACGGCCCGUUCCAUAACUCGCAUUUCAUACUCCUUCCGCGACCUGCGGAUAGCCGACCUUACCUCGUUUCGCUUUCGACGAAAUUGCUCGUAAUGGGAUGGUUGUUUUGUUGUUACUUACCUUCUCCAUAGUUUGUUCUUCCGGUUUACUUCUUUUUUUGUAUCCCGCGUUAUCCAGGCAGGACGAUUAUUCUUUUUGACUCUCUUUGUCGGACAGUUUCGAUGCAUGAGGUCGGCUACAACUCCCUUCAGAGUGUUCCAAUCAACGUCUGGAUGACCGGAAAGAACAUCAUUCCAGUCCACUGCCGAUAAUUCCCUUCUCAUGGCGGCAAAAUCUCCUCGCCAGAAAUUCAGCCUAGGCUCAGUCGUAUUCACUUGUUGGCUGCAUAGGCGGUAUUCCCAAAACAGCAUGACAUGGUCACUCUUACCGAGCGGUGUUAUGGGCCUAAGUUCGCCAGGGUUAAUUGGGUCUUUUGUAAGGACGAGGUCCAGACAAUUCACUCCUUGGUCCUCUGUGAUCCUGGUUGGCAACGUGACGUUUUGUACCAGAAAGAGAUUAGCCGUUAGCUUCAAGAGCCUGGAAUCGAAGGAAUUUCGCGAACUAUUUACUAACAAAUUGUUCCAGUCGACCGUGGGUGCGUUGAAAUCUCCGGUUAUCAGUACCUCUUAGUUUUGUGACACCUCUUUACUUAACCCAAAUAUCGCCUCGUCAACCUCAGCAGUUUGAUUGGGCGGCCUGUAUACGGUCAGAAAAUUCAAAUUAGGUGCGCCACGCAUCCUCAGUUUUAACCACAUUGUCUCACAUUCGCCGGAGCAAUCGGUUUUGUGUUCCGACGCGAUGAUUCCUCUCUUGACGUCGACCGCUAUUCCUCCUCCUUUUCUAUGCAGUCUGUCCCGGCGAAAAAGUUGGUAUCCAUCGAAUGUAAUUUCGGCAUCCAAGACUUCGGUCUGAAACCAAGUCCCUGUGAUAGAAAUGACAUCCGACUGCGUAUCUGUUAACCCAUCAUUCAGCUCAUCUAGCUUCUGGAACAAACUCUGAGCAUAUGCAUAAAGGAAGCGGAGCUUAGCCCGGGCAGAUUCCUGAGCGAUUUUUGGGUCAAAGUUGCUGAAUAUUUCGUGCGAGUUUUCGAGUAUAUCGUCCCCUUCCGAGUCUACUGCUGUUUGAUUGGACUGGAUAUUUGUGUGUUGGCCGUCGUUUUCUCUCAUCGGUUCAUCAGAUAGGGCGUUCUUUCCUUAUUAUCUAGUUGUUUAUUAUGCUCAGUGUUAUUGGUUGUCUCCAGAGGAAUGAGCUCCGAACAUUUACGAUUUUCCCAUUCAAUAUUCGUAGGUUCCUUUCGCCGGAACUGUAUCUUCUGAGGAGUUCGGCCUUGAGUUCCCUCCAUUUCUCUCGUUCGGCCGGUGAGAAAUCCCGCUGAAAAAAAAUGUUAGGUGGGCAUCUUGCAGUGCUGGUUCCCUAUUCAGCAGUAAUAGUGUUGGUUCCUCACUUUCGAAAAUAAUUUUUAAUGGUUUAUGAUGUCCCGACUUGCCCUUCAAAUGCUUAAUUGGUCCUAUUCUGAAAGCUUUUAAGACGGUGAUGUUCUCGUUCUCUUGUAAUAGGGAUUUGAGAUAUUGCUGGAAUAAUUCUAUAUCGUGGUUUAUUCUGUUCUUUGGGAUGUCUGAAGAAGACUCAGGCAUACCCUUUACGAUGAUGCAUUUAUUGCGAUCCAUAGGGUGCUGUCGUCUAUUUUUAUAUGCACAGUCUGCAUCGCGAAAGUUUUUGUUGUCAUCAAUGUCCCCUUCAGAGACAGUUGUCAUGGUAUAGCUACCGCAGGGUUCGUCGUUUAUCUAGGCUUCUUGGUCAUGUGGUACCUCUUGUGGCAGUGAGGCAUUUGCUUGCAUUCUGUGUUGAGUCUGCUCUCCCCUACUGGCGCUCUGACAUACUUGGUCUUUUUGGGAUGCUUUGAGAUGUCUCCAGGUUUUUUGAGCUGCUCUUCGGUUAUUUUUCGCUCGCACAUGAGACAGGGUCUCGGUUGCGAUUGGGUCCGUAGACGGGCUAUCUUCUCUUUCAGGGACUAAUACAGUUACUGAAGUCGUAUUGGUCGUUUUUUUGGUCAUCUUCUGAACUUCCGACAUCGCCAUCUUUUUCCUUUCGGGUGAAUGGUGAGGCAGUUUCAUCAUCUUCUCCAUCUCAAUUCUUGGAUUCCUUAUAUCCCCCCCCCCCCAUCUCCAAGAUUUUCUGAAGAAGUCUAAAACAUGACGUGCAGGUUUUGUCCUCGCAUUUAACAUCCAAUAAAUUUAUUAGACCCCUUGCGCGUUUGGCGGGAGGUGAUUAUACAGCAGAGGACUUAUCGCAGUAGUCAUUUACACAGCGUCUUUCGGUUACUUCAUUUUUGUCAAGCAGCCUGGUGCGCGUCAAUGGCGUAGUGGUAGCGACAAUUUCAGCGUCACUAUUGUGAUCAGGUUCGAAUCCGUCCCGAGGCGGAUUUUUUGCCCAAUGUCUGGAGGACCCUGAAUCGACUACCAUUAUUAAGUCAAUAAACUCGAAACUGGAGAAGAUGACUUGUUCAUUCCGUGCAGAAUAGUGAAGGAUAGUUCGCAACUGGACGAAGGUGCGUCUGUCGCCGCGGCGGCGUCCACGAGAACGACCAGCCGUGUGUCGCCGAAGGUCGCCGCUGCAAAAGUGUCGUGGCAGAUCGUUUACGCAGUGGUCUAGACUGUAUCCGCCUGUGUUACCAGUCAGCGAGAGGAGUUGCGUCGAUUAGCUUCGAGCUCACCGCUAUAUCAUAAUCCCUUUUGAGAUAUCGGAGAUUAUGAAUGAGCGGCUGAGCAAUUUUUGUGGUACUAGGCCCAGCGCCUGGGAAUCUACGAUUUCUCUAUCAGAAGGGUUGGUCCGUCGGAGCUGAGAAGCAGCGCAUUUCCUUUGGUUAUGAGACCGUAGAUCACCUUUAUUGAAUCGAGUAGGUUCUCUGUUUCAUUACGGGCAGCAUACCCCUGGCCAUCUUAGGCCUUACGAGCCUACACAUUUUGUCGAGCAAUUUGCGGAUGUCUGUGUCGUUGUCGUAGACAUCCGGAGCAGUGGUUUAGGUGGUAUUCUACUGUUGACAUCACCAAGUCUCUGCAGUGGCGUUGACGUCCGAGGACAGCAGUUCUUCCAAGUACUGGGUUAACUGAUAGCUAAAAUGCAAGCGGUGAGCAGACAAAUUCAGCUGAAUAGCAUUUAAGUUACCUCGUGGUCGUUUUGUUUGUGGUCUCCCGCGGGGUUGCAGUUGGAGCCUCAUCGUGGAGAGGACGAAGCGGUGAUCCGUCCAGCGGUCGACGUCACAGAAAGCCUUGGUCACCAGCACGUCUUACCGAUCUCGCCUCCGGAGGAGGAUGUAGUCCAACAGUUGCCAGCACGCGUCCGGGAUGCGUCCAGGUAGCCUUCUUUCACGUUGGAGUACAGAAGGUGUCAGUUAGGAGAAGGCGGUGCUCUGUCUGGGUUCGAAGAGGCAGAAGACCACUGUAUUGUAGACGGCGAUUCCAUGGGAACUUAGCGCGCCCCUCUAGAGAGCGCAGUCUGUUCCAACGCGGACAUUAAAGUCACCAAGGACUAUCAGCCUGUCCACCUUCGACUCAGUCGCCAGGAGGGCGUUCAGGUCCUUGUAGAAUUGGUUCUUUGCUGCGUCAGAGUCGGUCAUCGGGGGGGGGGGUAGACUCUGUCGAUAAAAGCGAAUUUGGCUUCUCGAAGAGGCAGACUCCGACUCAUGAGCCUGUCGUCGAUGUCCUGUGGCAGACAAGGCAGCCGUCCCACGACGCCGCUCUGGAAGGCAAAGGUAGCCCCUGCACUGCAUCGCUCUGUCUUUGGGCGGCUCUCUAGAAACAGUCGUAAUGGGCAAUCGCCUCCCCUAGUUGACCAUGUUCGGGGAGGCGCAUCCCGUUGAGGACAGCAAUGCCCUCCUUGUAGCACGCCAAUUCUCGAGCGAUUAAUGCAGUUCCGGCCGGUUUCCCCUCAAAUUGCUUAGUAGGCAUAACGUGGGCGGACUCACCUUAGCAGCUUGUGUGGUGGGGCGGGGGACGGGACGUGGGUUGCAGUCUGCGAACCACAGAAUGUGUGCAGAUAACGUUAUCUCAAAGUCUGCUUAGGGGGCUUUUUCUAGCCCCAUCCCCGCAAGGCGGUAAACAUUUCUGUCUCUAAAUAGGGCUGCUAAGACACCCCAGUUGGCGGCCGAACUCCACUUUGGGUCAUGGCUUGGUCCACUGGGAGAUCGACCCUACAAAGUCUGAGCCGCCUACAAGAUCACGUGUUGCCCUAUUCGUAGGACUUUUUUAAGUGAACUUGGUGGUAAGGGAGAUGCGCGAAGGAAGGGCGGGGAGGAGGGAGGGGGGAGGAACAAAUACGUGAACGGAAUUGUCGGGUGUGGACACACACAGGACCGGCUACUUUAAUUUGGUUUAGCUCCUGGUAGAGGCGGUUACCGGACGUAGCCGCUAAACAAGACCUAUCUUCGGAGAACCACAGAUGAGCCAGAUGCCAUCUAAUGGUCAUGUGGAGCAGAGACUAUUUACAUGAUAUGACCUACCAUGGCAAGAGCGGGUUGUACACCGUAGUUCAGCACGUCUUGACGUUGCCCACAUGGAAGCAGGAUAUAGCUGCGGUAUUCUCGCUUGUAUCGAUAGAUCGGGUAUUUUGCCAACUCAAUCGUCUUACUAUCCAGACAGAAACGGCUUGAGGCAUGGUGCCGCCGAACGGCAUCUUUGUCCUUUCAUAGUUCAGUUCAAGGCACGGUGUGCAGGAUUAUUCGGCCAGUGGUGAGUUUGGCCCCCUCAAAAAGGACCUCCAAGCAAUGCGAUAUAGUCCGCAUAAGUAAAUUUCGAAAGGACAAGUCCUCAUCUUACCUGGACGCCAUUCGAUGACUAAAUGCUGUGUACUGCGUUGUCUAUCGAAUAGCUACAGAGGACUUAUAAGUAAACACACUUUGUCGGACGCUAAAGUUGACAUUGAUGUAUUAACUUUCUUCAUAAUAAACUUGAGCUUAAGUGCACGUGAGUAGACAAUAUACCUCAGCGUAGCUCGUGAACAUCGGGGCGUACCAAUAGUCCUUAUGGUCUUCCAGGGAGCGCUUCCGAUGACCAAAUCAAACGCUGAAGUGAAAACACGAAAACGGACAGCCGCAUUCAGUUGAAAGUAAUGCCCUGUUUCGGGAGCUGAGGGGAGUCAACACAUGUUCUAUAUCCCCUCUGCACUGGUGACUCGAAAAUGGUCCAAGCAGAUACUCGUGGAAGUCUUCGUAGGGAAGUUAACUAAGUUAAGGUUAAUCAGGAUUGACUAUCAUCAAGGCGAGACUGUUUAAAACAGAAAAUUGCGCGUUAUUUCCUAUGAGAACGCGAUGUUAAAAAGGUACCAGUUUGCUAAGGUGGCAGGAGAAAAAUGCCACUGUCCAGUGCAGCUCGGCCUUCAUAUUUUACACCGGUGUUGUCGGAUACGGUCAUGCAUUUGUAAACAGAUAUAUCGGAAUUACAGCGAGUCCCCACCAAAAACCAAAUAUGGGAGACCAACUAAGCCCACUUUAAUCAGAUAGUCGCUGCACACACGGAGCUAGUACGAACCCAUUAGACAGCAUUGUUGCCACAGUCAAGGGUAGAUCUGAUAGGGGAUGCUUCGAAGUUAUGUUUAUAAAAUGCAACGAAGGUUCAAAUGGUCUGCUCGAGCUGGAAACAAUAAAAAACGUUCUAGAGAGAAAAAAGGCGAGCAAAGACAAAUAUAAGGUGUUUGGGAUUAAAAUAUUACCGAAGGGAGUUGAUAAAAAGUAGUAAAAUUGUCAACUGGAUUUUACUACACUGAAACUCCGACGCGAAAGUCAAACGGAGUCGGGAGUGAUUGUGUUGGUCACACAUUCAAGGUAAAUUUCACGAUUAAAAAGGAGUCUAGUAGACAUCACUUAAGAUAAAAUGAUAGACAGCCUACACAAUGCGGCCUCAGUGAAUUAACUCUUCGGGAAUUUUAGUCAUUACGCCUUGCUAUUACCACCAUUGAUUAGGUGUGAGGUUAUGGCUGUUGGCCUUUCUAAGCACCAUUAAGCCGGUUUCGUCCUCUAUCUUAGUUACUGACAUCCCAGUAACGACGAACUCAAUGCCACUGCUAAUCAGUACGCCCGUCUUAGUUAACCUUUUUUGGCCAAGUGGAGCAAGGCAGCCCCUCUUCCUCAGACCGACAUCCCUAAAGUUGCUAAAGGCGGUGGCAACUGCUCCCCACGUUAUAGCAUACCUGGACAGCCUUAGUCGGAUCAGGGAAUCCGUCUCGAUUCCGACUCAUUAAGUUGUAUGAGUUGUUUUAGAUGCUGGAACAUCGCUCCAUCAUAUCGCAUACGGACAACAGUAGCCACAUCGAACGUAUAACUCGUACGUUAAGGAGCUCCCUUGAGGGUGCACUGAACGUUCAGCAAACUGCUCAUGAGAUUGCAUUACCUCACAGCCUUCUGACCCAUUAGCCCGUCACUAUUUUUCCCUCUAGCCGCGCCCAUCUUAUGCUUUUCCGUGGUGUUCCUUUACUAUCAGAUGUUUCUUACCCCUGCCUUUCGUAUAUCAUCCGACGCUCCACUCCCAGAAGUGGGACUGGUAGUACAGGAAGCGAAUGUUUACUAAAAAUGCGAAUUCUGUCAUUCACUUUGCGGUCUUUUCUUUAUCUGUAAAUAUUAGAGCCAAUGUCAGUCUAGGUUAUAUCUGAUUCGUCUGACGGCCACUCCCAGCUUUAUGCUCGGGAUACGGUUUUUCUUGCAUGCUCUCCAUCUGGCUGCCAUUCGUCGCUCACUCCAUGCAAGCAAACUUUUAGCUUCCACUUCUUACCUGUCGGAGGCUCUCCCUCAGGACCGCAUGGUGACUGCGAUAACGAAAACUACCAAAGACAUCAGGAGUCUGAAUUCGCCGCAGAUUUCGGUGGGGCACUCGUUUCAUGGACUAUUCUAAAGCACAUCCUAACCCAUAACAGUUCCUUCACAGUCGUAAUGGUCGAAUAUGUGAUCGGUUUUGUUUCAGGUAGAGCAGAAACUGGGUUCGCGUCAGACACGAGAAUCUCCCUCUAGACUCGUUAGCCGAAUCUGUCCAGCCGGAGCACAGCUGUUCCUUGAACUCCUAUUUCCAGUUAUUUUGCCUCGAUCUCAUUAUGCGAGCGUCCGGCUAUCCUGGAAAGAAUGGAUCGCUUUUGUUUUUAGCCGCUGAAUAAUCAGAAACAUUUGAGAACCGGUACGGCCGCCUGGACUGAGACGGGGUGAAUAGGUUGUUAAAGUAGGGCUACUUAAGUUAAUGGAUUACCUAUCACACUGAAAGGUUAUCCGUAUGAGAUACCCACUAAGUGACUUAUUCGACCGGCGCAACACUCAUCUUGAGCUCCACUGCGUUGUGUUGGGUGUAACGGCAGCCCUCUCGUAACCACGGUCAGGCGGAAAAAAUCAGGUGAAGAUGGUCAAUGUGAGUUUGUGUAAAAGGGACUGGCCAUGUCUUUUCCUUGGUUACUUCCACGGCCUUUGCUCACAAGGCUCCCAGAGUGUCUCGCAUUGAAAAGCUUAAACUUCCGUCGGCCUCCACCCAUGUCCCCGGCAUCCCGACGACGACAGUUCAGCCGUCACCAGCGACGACGUGGUCUCCAAUACGGUUCAUAUUGGGUCACGAUGCGCGUUAAACGGGCAGCGCAAAGCCCGCGGACCCCAUAACAAAUGCCACGCAUGGGUGUGGUUGCUCGUCUAGGCGAAGACUCACGCCGCACCAGCUCUUUGCGCCAAGUACCACAAUCAUUUGGCUGACCGGUUCGGACAGUGGACUAGCGCAUUGGAGAAACAGGGAAAAGUGGGCUCAACUCUGGGAAGCCAUUCUCACGCACUUCGGCGCAUUCCCCACUUCGAUACCAUCACGACGCGCUAAAAGCCGUUGUUUGGAGGGCUGCCCACUGACAGGAUAGUCCAACCACCCUCUCAGGACGGAGAGUCAGUUUGCAAUGGCUCCUUCUUAGUGUAGGCUUUGUGGCACUCUCACUCAGAAUUCAGGUCCCCCUCCCUUUAUUGUCUGCGUGAAAGCCGGUUCGUUGUGUGCGGACCAGGUCCUGUGCAGCAUGCAUAGACAGGCUGUCAGUCAACGCUUCCUGACUCUCUUACCGCUGGACCCUGUUGGGUGAGGGUAUAGAGAGUACAGUGGAUGUCGCGAAAGUCCGCCAUCACUAUAAAAUAAUUCACGCAUAAGACGCCGUCCCUGCACCCAUGACUUCGUGGGCAUACAGUAGACAGUUCAUGACGGCCGAACUGUUGAGUUAGACAGACUUAUCUACCGCACUCUCCCUUCUCUCAACCAUCCUGUUCCGACGGCAAGGCGGCCCGUCUGCGCUAGCCACAUAUGACUGGGUCUCUCUCAUACCAGGCUACUGUAAGGGCGACUCGGGCCACAUGAAUAAAACCGUUAGGAAGGAUCCGUCUCAUCCUAAGUCCUGAGGGAAACCGAAUUAUUCGUCAGUUGACAACCCUCCAAUCCAACACUUUCAUUGCUUAGUGAUAGAUUUAAGGUCGAGAGAUCUAUUACGGCAGUAAAUGCACUGAUGUGCCAUAAGGACUGACUCCCAAGGUUCGGUCUCACUCUCUUCCCGCCUUCAUGCACCGGUCGAUUGUCCAAGACUGUCAGUCAACGUGUGAUGGAAAUGGGCGUAGUGUCUGACGCAGCGUAAAGGCCUAUGUCUGAGGUGUGACACAUACAUGUACGGCUGAGACGAGGACUCACUCGGGCUGUGCGGUCUGAUAAACGCGUGUCCUGACCCGACGCGUCUGCAGCCCAUCUCAUCUGGGCGGACGCCUCGAUACCUCCACCUCUUGACCUCGAUUCUCCGCAUAGAAAACUUGGAAUCUGUUGGCUUUCUAAAGACGAGAGGUCGAGGUCACCACUUCCUUAGUCUCCGUGUGUUGUUGAGUUAGAAUGUGCAUAUUUUUGCACGCACUUUUUUCUCUCUCUCAUUACAUCAGAUUUGCCCCAAUUAUUCUAAAUUACCAAUCUUUACUUCUUUUUCUUAUAGCUAAACUAUAGAGUUGGUUGUGUGACAUGCUCAGGAAGAUUUGGUAAGUGUCACAUCCUUACAUCAUUUCCAGCUUUUUUACCUCCAAAUUCGUCCCCUCUCGCGCCUUCUCCUUGUCCUCGAGGCUAGAUGGCCUGUCUGAGUUUUUUGAUUCGCCCCAAAACUGGGGCGUGGUGUCAGUCAAGUCUGGCCGACCCUGGAGAGUUGAGGAGCUAAGACGCAAAAGUGCCUCUGACUUGCACAAGUUGUGGUAUGUCCUGCUGAAAGAACGCAACAUGUUAAUGACAAUGGAAGAGGAGCACUGGCGUCGCUUGGAACGCAUGCCUAACCCGGAGCGUUUCGAGAAGGUCUGUGUACCCCCCUUUCCUGCCUUUAUUGGCUUGUUUUUUCGUAUUUCUAAAUCAGGGAGUUUGUAAUGUCUGGAUUCGCUGGUUUAACACGAUUGGUAGCAGGGCAGUCUUUUUCGGCGCUACCUCGGCAGGAGGCAACUUUGCGUUUGUCCCAAUCAUCCACAUCAGGCCUAAUAGACGCGAUUUGUUGUUGGUAAAACAGCUGUCUUUCAUCGUUGCCUCGAACAUGCUUCAUUUUUGUGGGGGUGUUGCCCUUAGGGUUUUCAUAGUGCCAUCGCCACAAGGCUCUGUGUGUAUCGGGCAUCCGUCUCGUUAGUCCUGUGCGGCUGUGAUUGCUGAGCUGCGUGCGUGGAAGAUUAACGAAAGCUAAAAGUAUUUGACCAUUUCCACCAGAGAGUCAUUUUCUAAAGGAAGUUUACCGAUUUCGUCUCUCAUGAGACGGUUCGCACUCGCUGCGGCAAUGUCGCAAGGUUGUCUCAGACCACUCGAAAGUGACGACUGAGGUGGUUUGGUCACGUUCUUCUCCAUCUGUCCCGCGGGUGCGCCGCCGAAGGGGGCAAAAAGGUCAACUGAAACUGGACCUUCGAUAUUCGACUUCAGUCAGUGGAAAAGGGAGCGAGCUGAGUUCUUCAGAUCCGCCGCCGCAAGCCCUCAUACGGGGCAAGGUACGAUCCGCAACCUCAUUGAGACCGACUAGGCCAGGUAUGAUCACAGCCGUACUAAGUGACCACUCGACCGUCGUUAUCGAUGAUAUCCACCGCGUACCCCACACGAAAGUGGGCGCAGAAGAAAUUGCCUUGCACGUGACUCAGUUUAUUGUGAUAGCAGACUUGCGCAGUAUCUGCCGCACUCCUCCUCUCCCACCUAGACCCGGCAUCAAGAUAAAAACGAGAAGACUGGAGGUGACGCGAACCUGCACCUGGGCGUUCCAACAUACCCCUGGUCUAAGCAAAAAAAGCUUGGGUUCCACACAAAAACAAUGGGAGAGGGCACGGUUCGGAUUCCACUUGAGUAGGAGUGCCAUAAAGGCCGCAUUAAGAAGGAGCCACUGUAGCCUGACUCUCCGUCCUCAAAGGAAGACGGAGUUAUUCCUUCGAUUAGCAGCGUUCCAAGCCACGGUUUUUAGCGCACCGUGGUUGAUUCAAGCGCAUACCAGAUUGUUUGUAAUGAACAGUAUACUCUGAGACCGUCGACUUUACUCCCUCUUCCCACUCCCAGACAGAAGUCCACUGUCCGAGCUUGCCAGUCAACGGAUGUGGGGAUUGGUCGUAGUGGCUGACGGAGCUAGAGGGCACGUUUGCACGUUCCACGUACAUGACCUGGCCCCCCACACAAAAAAUGCCUCGGAAUUUCACGCAAAGGGGGUGGGCGACGCGGGUCUCACGUGUCUAGGAAUGCUACAGACGCCACAUUAAGGAGGAACCAUUGCAGUCUGACUCUCGGCUCGCCAAUCGACUACUCCACACAAACACGCACUGGGCUGACUGCUAGGUCGGGGUGAUCCCGUCAGUUGGCAAGCUUUCAAUCCACGGCUUUUAACAUACCGUAGUAGUAGUUCGCUAGAUUUUUUAUGACGAGAGAAUGCUCUGAGAGUCGACUUUACUCUCUCUUCCGUUUCCCAUGUACUCAUGGAUUGUCCGGACCGGUCAACCAACUGAUGCCGAGAUUGGGAGAGAGGUGGCUGACAGAACUGAGAACAGCUCGUCUGCGCAUGUCACACAUGCGACCUGGCCACCACAGCAAGAUUUCACACACAUGUGACAGAAGGCCCACAUGGAGAGGGGGCAAAGAACACACUUCCCUCUUACCUGAGAGCUGCCUAGUUCGCGCCUGUGGUGUGUACUCUCAGACGUGUUCGUGUACGGUGCAUAUGUUGAGGGGGAGAUGUGUGGUUAUGUGGUUUAGUCGGUGUUGGUUUGCCGCAGGUUUUCAUGGAGAUGUGUGUGAUCGAGAAGGUUCAUGAAAUUGCUGAAUGUGUGAGGACAAUGCGGGCACUUGAGGCGAUGCCGAUGGGUGUAUGGUGGUGUUCCAAUCAUUAGUUCACCAGUCUCUGCGACAGGUUUGCAAGUGGUUGACCAGGCCGGUGCGAGAUGUGCAUGUGCAGUGACAGUGUGGGCAGGAUAGGUUCGGAGAUGCUGAGUAGACUGUGCUGGUGACGUUGCUAGUGCUGGCCGCACUGGUGGAUGGGGAGUUGUUGGGGCUGGAGACGGAAGAGAUUUCGGGUGUGCAAAGUGGGCCUUUCCUGUCGGUAUUGCGGUGAACUCUGCUGUCGUGGAUACGUGUGUGUCCGAAUAGGCCCACGCGGUGCACGAAUGUGCUUGGGCAGUGCGGACAGUGAAGACGGAUGCUGCGAGUUCAUAUCGGGGUUCCUGGCACUGGUUUGCCGGCCACAGGGCGGUGAACUCGCAAGUGGCCGACCAGACCGAUGCGCGAGGUGAGUGUGCGAUCACAGCAAGGACAGGUUUGGAUCGAAUCCACCUUGAUGGUGGAGGGGACGGUGAUGGUUGUGGUUGAUGGGGCGUUGGAAGUGUUCUCAUCGGUUGCGGGAGUGGGAGAGGUGGUAGUCGUUGUCGCAGAGGUUGCGACGAGGGUGAUUAGAGUGAUUCAUGUUCGACGACAUUGGCGGCGUCGGACGUCAGGAGCCUGAUCACCGGUGGUGGGGGUGGUCGUCGGGGGGGGGGGGGGGGGGGUAUGGUGCAGGGAUGACGAUGGAGGUGCUUGUGGGGGCAGCAGGCGGGUUGAGGCAUUAUUACACCGGGUCCAGAGACGUCCGACGGGGCCGAUCCACGCGCGGAAUGUUCGUUGGCAGCAUGGUCGGGUGUGGACGUUAUGUACAGUAGAUGUGCUAACUCAUGAAAUGUCAACCAAAAUUUCGAAAUGCGUUCUCGUUUCGAAAAGACAAAUUAAGUUGUGUUGUAAAACUAAUCAUGAUGCAGCAUAAAUCUAUAAUGAUCCAGUUACCUCAGGGUGUCGGCUUUCGAAAGAACUUAUUUUCGGCUGCAUGCAGGAUCUAAACUCUGCAAAAAAUGACUACCUAAAAAGUAUGCAAUUUUCUCAUUGAUUUUCGAUGCCCUUGAAAAUUCAAUUAUAUUUCCUGGAAAACAUGCAUAAAAUAUUCAUUCUUUUACUUAUUCGGUAGAAAAUCACGUCUUCUUCCAAUUUCAUACUCAAAAGAAGAACAUAAUUCGGUUUUAAAAAAGUUUCUAAUUGUGAGAUUUUUUAAUACCGUUAAAUGGCCGUUCAUGAAACGUCAUGUAUCUGCAUUUACUAAUGUGGCUUGCAAAGUUAACAAUAUUCCUCAAACCCACUGCUUAAUUUUAUGAAGCUCAUAUGGUCUCCUCUUAACACCGUAGAGAAAUGCAUGCAAUAUUGUUAACUUUACAAGCAACAUUCGUAAAUGCAGAUACAUGACGUUUCAUGAACGGCCAUUUAACGGUAUUAAAAAAUCUCACAAUUAGAAACUUUUUUAAAACCGAAUUAUGUUCUUCUUUUGAGUAUGAAAUUGGAAGAAGACGUGAUUUUCUAUCGAAUAAGUAAAAGAAUGAAUAUUUUUAUGCAUGUUUUCCAGGAAAUAUAAUUGAAUUUUCAAGGGCAUCGAAAAUCAAUGAGAAAAUUGCAUACUUUUUAGGUAGUCAUUUUUUGCAGAGUUUAGAUCCUGCAUGCAGCCGAAAAUAAGUUCUUUCGAAAGCCGACACCCUGAGGUAACUGGAUCAUUAUAGAUUUAUGCUGCAUCAUGAUUAGUUUUACAACACAACUUAAUUUGUCUUUUCGAAACGAGAACGCAUUUCGAAAUUUUGGUUGACAUUUCGUGAGUUAGCACAUUUACUGUAUAAGAGGCGCUUGUGACUUGCGAGCCGCUCUUCUGGACUUAGCAGCGGCGAUCUCGUUAGCUCCAUAGAUUGUUGCUUCAUUUCCCACUGUCCUUCUUCAGCCCGUUCGGUCCUGGGUGAGGUCUUUCCAGGUCUCCAGGUUCUUUUACAAGUGCAUGAGAAAGUUCUUCGGAUUUCCUUUUAGUGUCGUGUUUGUCCUACUUGUCGGCGCGUAUCCGCAGCCGAGUCUCGGGAAAAGCCUAGUUUUGGUUAUCGCUCGUCCUCCAUCCUCACGAGCUGGCCGCUGCAUCACAUUUGCAAUUGCCUCAGUAUGGCGGGGAUUCUGAGGGUUCCGGUUUGUUUCAAGAAUUCCGUGUCCUAGGUUUCGUCGUGUCUCCCCGAAUUUAGUAUUUUCCGGAGACAACCAAGAUGGAAGUGAUUGAGUUUUCUGGCUUAAUUGGCGUAGACGGUCCAGGUCUCCACUCCAUACAGGAGUCUCGCCAAGAUGACAGUUUUUUUGGUUAGGCGUUGGGCUGGAGACCGUGGCGAUUGGACGCUGAGUCCUGCAGCCGGCACAAAACCUGACCGACUUUUGAGAUCCAGUGAGCCACUUCGUCGUAGAUUUUGAUGCUACAUGAGUGUGCAGCCUAUAUGGGUGAUGUUGACAGUGAUGUGAAAGACGUUUUAUUCAGUGUCGGGCGACGGCCGAUGUAUGACCCCUGGUUCGUCUGUGUUAGUGGUCAGCCGAUGAUGGCGCAGCCGAAGGCGGAAAAGGUACGUGCUCCGUCACAUGUCUGGUCCUUUUACGGUGUUGAGCGCGCAAUCAUUCGUGUACAGUUGGUCGUGAAUAAACGCUUCCGGGCCUCCAUGCGCCGACUGUUUAGAAGGUGUUCGUCGGUCCUGUAGGCGAUGCGGAUCCCAGGGCGCUCCUAACGACUGUGCAGAUAAUAUUGCCUUACUUCCUUCAAGGUUUGGUGAUCUGCAGUCUAUGGUCUCACGGGUGAACGAGGCCGCCAAAUCGGUUGGUUUAUCCAUAAACGCUGGGAAGGAGUAGACAGUUUUAAAUACCUCUGGGCGAGGCUGCCGCCGAAUAGACAGAGUAAGGACGACAUUGUCUCCUGAAUUGAUGCUACUCGCCGGGUUUUUCAAGCCCUAGAAAGUGCCUAUGCAUCCAACGCGACAUCUCCAUCGCCACUAAGAUUCGCGUGUACCGUGCAUCUGUCCGGUCUGUCCUUCUCUAUGACUGUGGAUGCUGGGCUGUACGCGUAGAGGACAUGCGAAAACUGGCUGUAUUUGACCACCACUGCUUGAGGACCACCCUUCGAGUGAAGUACACCGCGAUCUCGUCUCAAAUGAGACAGUCCGCGCUCGCUGCGAUGACAUCGCAAGGAUAACCCAGGCCAUACAAGAAAGACGACUGAGAUGGUUUGGGCAUGUUCUUCGUCGUCAACCUCAGGAGCUUAGUGUUACUGCCCUCGACCUGUCACCGUUACCUUAUUGAAGGCCUCGAAGGAAGGGUCAGCUCAAAGCCUGGCUCGACACAGUUUGUCAAGACAUGGAGGUGGUUCUUGGGCCUUCGGUACUCGGUCUCCGUCGUUAGCGAAGAGGAUGAGUUGAACUGUCCAGAUCUGCGGCCGCAGAUCAUCACGCGUGGCCGCAUCGGAGAUCGUGGAUGGGCGUUUGGGAACGGUUCUGAAAAUGCUCGCUUAGCGUUUCAGAAUCUGCGACUUCUCCGUGAGUGUUGUUACGUCGGAGCUGAGCAGCGGUGCGACUCCUUUGAUGCAGGGGCCGUAAAUUGUCUUGAUGGAGACGAAAAGGUUCUUCGUCUUGUUUUGGCCCCCGUACCCUUGGACUUCCCUGGUUCUGUGAUUCAUCUAAACUGCACCAAGCAGCGACACCUGAGGAAGGCGACUUCGCUGACAUCCGUGCUGCUUUUUAUGUAUGCUCUGUGUAGUCCAUUCUUUUCAGCCAGCAGGUUGCGGAUUUAUUCGCUGUACUGAGUACAGGCAUACUGACUACUACUUAGCGUCCGAUGAUAAUACUUGCUCGCACUCGUGACUGUAUUCAUAGCUACUGAUUUCGUCGGCUUCAUGUUGCCGCUUGCGGAAUGAUGACGUUUCAUUUUAGUUAAUGGGGGGACUGAGGACAGGCUUCUGGACGAAGAUAAAGCUUUUGGCACGCCAGUGAAGCAGGUCAUAGCUGGCCACCUCGACACCAUCGCCAUCCGCCUCAAUGUUUCUCAAGGGGGACGUGACAGCAAUCUGCGAGUUGAAACGGGGCGAGUGGAUCAGCCCAAAGGAGGUGAAGGCGGUGGGUCAGGUUAGCGUAGCCAAUAGUCGAACGCUCUCGAUCGGCACGCGAGGAGGGUGCAGUCCAUUGGUAGUUUACCGGACCAAAUAUAUACUCCUACGUUGUGCACACGAUUGAGGAGACGAACUUUGUCCACAGAACACCAGCACCGUUGAUCGGAUACUUCCAGACCACUGCUAUAUUCCGAAUGCACGGGUCAUAUCUCAUAUUCCAAUAUAAGAACUGUCUUGAUUGAAGCCGCAAACAUCGAAUACUUGCCGAUUUAUGUAUUCUGCUACACGCAUAUUCUCGGGGCAUUCCAUCGUGUCCUUAGGCGCACAGCGUUCGACAUGCUUAUCUUGGUCAAUCCUUUUUACAAGGCAUCUGUAAAGCACAUUAUUCUCACAGCGAUGAUAACCGGCUCUGACGGUCACAGGACACGCGCUGCGUACGUGCAUGUGCUAUGCCUGCAGGCAAACAAAACCGAUGUUAGAUGCCUUAUUAAGGGACACCAGCAGCGAUCGGGACGUGCACAACUUCAACGUAAAAUAGACUGCGUGCUCCUUUCUUAUAACUUGGUCGGUCUACUCUUUCAAUGGAAAAGAUCUAUUGAGUUUCCUUUCCACACGGUCGCUUUUAUCAUUAUUAUUAGUGCCAACACCAGUAGUAACAAUAGUGCUUAUAGUAAUAGCGGCAAUAUUAAUGGUGGUAGUUAACGCCGAUAAAGCCUAAUUCCACCCGGGAGUCUUACAUGUCGUUAGAAUGAAGCGUGCUCCUAUGCUUUCAUGGCUGCUGCGAAAGCUUCAACGGUCGAGUAGCUCCCGAGCAGUGGUUAUAUGGCCGUCAUUAGGACGUCCCGAAGAGACGCUAGGUUGAAUGGUUCCUUACAGACCCACCACUUACUCCCCUGGCUUAAAAACCUUUUCAGAUUCGAAGCACUCAUUUUCAGGAGGCAACACCGGGGAUCACUUGUGACUUUAAGAGCACAAUGGCUGUUCGCAAGAUUGGCAUGUUUUAAACGUUUGCCGAAGACUGAAGAUUUGCUCUCAUUCUCAUGAACCUGUUCAUCACUGGUAGUCUGAAUAACCCGUAAUCCAUUUUGACCCAGCUUGAGAAACUCGGCACCUCGGUGAGAUUCGACAGCAAGGGGAAGGCUUUGGUACAGCCGCUUGAGCUACAAUGUACAACCGGGAGCCGUGAGUUUAAUCACAUUUGGGUCAAGUUACCUACCUGGGAAUUUACCGUUGAAUCAAAAUGGAUUUUCAAAUCUGUGAAAACACCCUUUAAUAAUGUUAGCUUGGUAGUCAAUUGGUGUAUUCUAGAUGGAUUACUUAGGCAAUCCUGCCUGGGCAGUCAGCUUAGUGUAUCAGAUUUGGUGAAUUCCAGACGUUCAGUAGGUUAAGCGGUUAACUUGACCCAGAUGUGGUAAACUCACGGCUACCAGCGGGGCCUUGUAGCUCAGGUGGCUAGAGCGUUGGUCUUGCUAAAACCGUCCCUUUGCUGUCGUGGGUUCGAAUCCCACCGAGGCUCCGAGUUUUCUACAGUUGGGUCAAAAUGGAUUAAUUCGCAGUCGUAUUCUACCUCCUCUUAUGUCCUUUCUGAUAGGUUGAAGAAAGCAUGGAAAACAUACUAAAGGUGGUCGAGGAACGUGACAAAGCAAUUUGCGAGUUGGAGCGCGGUGAGUGGAUCGGCCCGAAGGAGGUGGAGGCAGUGGAUCAGUUGGGCCGUCCAGUGACCCGUCUCACUGAGGAACACCUCGAGCCUCAGGUGGCAGGUCGAUCGAGCCAGGCAGAGGAUGAGAAGAUGUGGGGUGCCUGGACUCUGCGCUACCUCCGACGAGAACGUGAGAAACACCUGCGUGCCCAGCGCGAAGCCGCCCGUGUCCGGCGCUUUGAACGUCAGCAGGCGUGGCGCCGGCGCGUCAUGAACAUCUCCGACGAGGACACUUUUGAAAGACCCCAGACAACCGUCGCGAAGACGAGCUAA